CCGCGCCGCGGCCGCAGCCCCGCCGCCGCCGCCGCCCCCGCCGCCGGGGACAUGUCUAACCCUGGGGGCCGGAGGAACGGGCCCGUCAAGCUGCGCCUGACAGUACUCUGUGCAAAAAACUUGGUGAAAAAGGAUUUUUUCCGACUUCCUGAUCCAUUUGCUAAGGUGGUGGUUGAUGGAUCUGGGCAAUGCCAUUCUACAGAUACUGUGAAGAAUACACUUGAUCCAAAGUGGAAUCAGCAUUAUGACCUGUAUAUUGGAAAGUCUGAUUCAGUUACGAUCAGUGUAUGGAAUCACAAGAAGAUCCAUAAAAAACAAGGUGCUGGAUUUCUUGGUUGUGUUCGACUUCUUUCCAAUGCCAUCAACCGCCUCAAAGACACUGGUUAUCAGAGGUUGGAUCUGUGCAAACUUGGGCCAAAUGACAACGAUACAGUUAGAGGACAGAUAGUAGUAAGCCUUCAGUCCAGAGACCGGAUAGGCACAGGAGGACAAGUUGUGGACUGCAGUCGUUUAUUUGAUAAUGAUUUACCAGAUGGCUGGGAAGAAAGGCGAACUGCCUCUGGAAGAAUCCAGUAUCUAAACCACAUAACAAGAACUACACAGUGGGAACGCCCAACACGACCAGCAUCUGAAUAUUCUAGUCCCGGCAGACCUCUUAGCUGCUUUGUUGAUGAGAACACUCCAAUUAGUGGAACAAAUGGUGCAACGUGUGGACAGUCUUCAGAUCCCAGACUGGCUGAGAGGAGAGUCCGGUCACAACGACAUAGAAAUUACAUGAGCAGGACACAUUUACAUACUCCUCCAGACCUACCAGAAGGCUAUGAGCAGAGGACAACACAGCAAGGUCAGGUGUAUUUCUUACAUACUCAGACCGGUGUGAGCACGUGGCAUGAUCCAAGAGUGCCUAGGGAUCUUAGCAACAUCAAUUGUGAAGAGCUUGGUCCAUUGCCUCCUGGAUGGGAGAUCCGUAAUACUGCAACAGGCAGAGUUUAUUUCGUUGACCAUAACAACAGAACAACACAAUUUACAGAUCCUCGGCUCUCUGCUAACUUGCAUUUAGUUUUAAAUCGGCAGAACCAGUUGAAAGACCAACAGCAACAGCAGGUGGUAUCGUUAUGUCCCGAUGAUGCAGAGUGUCUGACAGUCCCACGGUACAAGCGAGACCUGGUUCAGAAGUUAAAAAUUUUGCGGCAAGAACUUUCCCAACAACAGCCUCAGGCUGGUCAUUGCCGCAUUGAGGUUUCCAGGGAAGAGAUUUUUGAGGAAUCAUAUCGGCAGGUCAUGAAAAUGAGACCAAAAGAUCUGUGGAAGCGAUUAAUGAUAAAAUUUCGUGGAGAAGAAGGCCUUGACUAUGGAGGGGUUGCCAGGGAGUGGUUAUAUCUGUUGUCACAUGAAAUGUUGAAUCCUUACUAUGGCCUCUUCCAGUAUUCAAGAGAUGAUAUCUAUACAUUGCAGAUCAAUCCUGAUUCUGCAGUCAAUCCGGAACAUUUAUCCUAUUUCCACUUUGUUGGACGAAUAAUGGGAAUGGCCGUGUUUCAUGGACAUUACAUUGAUGGUGGCUUCACAUUGCCUUUUUAUAAACAGUUGCUCGGGAAGUCCAUUACUUUGGACGACAUGGAGUUAGUUGAUCCAGAUCUUCACAACAGUUUGGUGUGGAUUCUUGAGAAUGAUAUUACAGGUGUUUUGGACCAUACCUUCUGUGUCGAACAUAAUGCAUAUGGUGAAAUUAUUCAGCAUGAACUUAAACCAAAUGGCAAGAGUAUCCCUGUUACUGAAGAAAAUAAAAAAGAAUAUGUCAGGCUCUACGUGAACUGGAGAUUUUUACGAGGCAUUGAGGCACAGUUCCUGGCUCUGCAGAAAGGAUUUAAUGAAGUAAUUCCACAGCAUCUGCUGAAGACAUUCGAUGAGAAGGAGUUAGAGCUCAUUAUUUGUGGACUUGGAAAGAUAGAUGUUAAUGACUGGAAGGUAAACACCCGGUUAAAACACUGCACGCCAGACAGCAAUGUCGUCAAGUGGUUCUGGAAAGCUGUGGAGUUCUUUGAUGAAGAGCGAAGAGCACGGUUACUUCAGUUUGUGACAGGAUCAUCUAGAGUGCCUCUGCAGGGCUUCAAGGCUUUACAAGGUGCUGCUGGCCCACGACUCUUCACCAUACACCAGAUCGAUGCCUGCACCAACAACCUGCCAAAGGCCCACACGUGCUUCAAUCGAAUAGACAUUCCGCCCUAUGAAAGCUAUGAAAAGUUAUACGAAAAGCUGCUAACGGCCAUCGAAGAGACAUGUGGGUUUGCUGUGGAAUGAUGAACUUCACGGAUUUACCCCGGACUCUAUUUAUACCCUGACCGACAGCCUCCUUUCAGCAAAGUUGCCCGGAAUGCUGAAAUACAGGAAAAUGCCCCACCCCCCCUAAAAAAAAAAAAAAAAAAAUGUUUAGGACACUGUGAGGGGAAAGGACAAUUUUGAAAUUCCUUUUCAAGGAAAAAAGAGGUCUUUAUGCUUUGCCAUGAGGCCACACUCAGCUGCUAUUUAAAAUUAAUAUCUUGAACCUAAAGAAUGCUGACUUUUCCUACAUUUCCAGAGUUAGGCAGUAUUCUACACUUAAAGACUACUACUAUUUUUAUAAAAAGGUAAUCUAUUCAGAUCGCUCCACAGAUUUCAAGUCUCUCAAACAUCAAGACAACUCCAGCAGUCGGUACACAUCACAUUUCAUUUGGAUCGAAUACAUGAUUUCGAACAGUUCCUGUACUUGCUCUUUGUAAAAAGAAAUAAAAUUAUUUUGAACGAUU